AGAAGAUUGACUUGGGUGCUUGGUUAUUUGCAGAUUCCGGAAGGGAGAAUUUCUUUGAAACAUUUGAAAGGAAAAUGGAUGAAAAACGUAGACUGUUAAAGGAAAGUGGUCGCGGGCUUGUUGUUUCCUGGGCUCUAUGUGCUGUAUGCCUCUUGGGCCACUUCUCUCAUUUUUUUGGACCCAAGUUUUCAUGGAUCCAUGCAUUUCACUCCACGGGGUUUCAUAUGUCCCUCUCUUUAUUUACGUUGCUUGGUCCUGGACGCCGACUAAUUGUUGAUGGUCUUAAAAGCCUUAUUAAGGGGGCUCCAAACAUGAAUACUCUAGUUGGUCUUGGUGCUUUAUCAUCAUUUGCUGUCAGCUCACUGGCUACCUUAUUACCCAAACUGGGUUGGAAAGCAUUCUUUGAGGAACCAGUUAUGCUGAUUGCAUUUGUCUUGUUAGGGAGAAAUCUUGAACAAAGAGCUAAAAUUAAAGCCACCAGUGACAUGACUGGACUUCUUAAUAUUUUGCCAUCUAAAGCUCGUCUAGUGGUCAACAGUAAUGCAGAUGAGUCAAGCUCAACUGUCGAAGUUCCUUGUAGCUCUCUUUCUGUAGGAGAUGAAGUCAUUAUAGUACCUGGAGACCGUGUUCCAGCUGAUGGGAUUGUCAAAGCCGGUAGAAGCACGGUUGACGAGUCUAAUUUAACAGGGGAGCCUCUCCCUGUCACUAAAUUACCUGGGGCCAAAGUUGCAGCAGGAAGUAUAAAUCUAAAUGGAACACUUACUGUGGAAGUGCAAAGACCAGGUGGCGAGACUGCCAUGGGGGACAUUGUUCGUUUGGUGGAAGAAGCACAGAGUAGAGAAGCUCCUGUACAGCGGUUGGCAGACAAGGCCAAAGUUGCAGCAGGAAGUAUAAAUCUAAAUGGAACACUUACUGUGGAAGUGCAAAGACCAGGUGGCGAGACUGCCAUGGGGGACAUUGUUCGUUUGGUGGAAGAAGCACAGAGUAGAGAAGCUCCUGUACAGCGGUUGGCAGACAAGGUGGCUGGGCACUUCACCUAUGGAGUAAUGACACUCUCUGCUGCAACAUUUAUGUUUUGGAACCUUUUUGGUGCACGAAUUCUACCAGCCGCUCUUCAUCAAGGAAGUCCAGUUUCAUUGGCCUUGCAGCUCUCUUGUAGUGUUCUGUCUUUGACCUUUGUUUUAAGAGUGCAGGUUGUUGCAUGUCCAUGUGCCCUUGGUCUAGCAACACCUACUGCUGUGCUGGUUGGAACUUCACUGGGUGCUACAAAAGGAUUGCUUCUGCGUGGAGGAAAUGUUUUAGAAAAGUUUUCAAUGGUGAAUACAAUUGUGUUUGACAAAACAGGGACACUGACAAUUGGUAGACCUGUUGUGACAAAGGUCAUUACUCAAGGGCGCAAAGAGGAUGCAGAUUCAAAACCAAGUUCAAACUGUAACUGGUCGGAAGUUGAUGUUUUGAAGUUAGCUGCUGGAGUUGAAUCAAAUACAAUUCAUCCAAUUGGAAAAGCAAUUGUGGAGGCUGCUAGGGCUAUUAGUGGUUCCAAUUUGAAGAUAGAAGAUGGAACUUACUUGGAGGAACCUGGGUCUGGUGCAGUAGCAACUAUUGAGAACAAAACGGUAUCGGUUGGUACGUUGGACUGGGUUCGAAGUCUUGAAGUCACCUUCGUCAUUUGUCUAGCCUUGUUUCUGCCUGAACUUGGCAUCUACUUGGAGUUGAACGCAGCAAUUCUUUAUGCAAUUCAAUUGCAUGGAGUUGAUGAGAAUCCAUUUCUAGAAGUGGAGGAGUUUAAGAAUCAAUCAGUUGUCUAUGUUGGUGUAGAUGGUAAUCUUGCCGGUCUUAUUUAUUUUGAGGAUCAGAUCAGAGAAGAUGCUGGGCAUGUUGUUGAAUCUCUAUCUAAGCAAGGAAUAAGCACAUACUUACUUUCUGGGGACAAAAAGAAUGCUGCUGAGUAUGUUGCAUCCGUUGUUGGUAUUCCGAAGGAAAACGUGUUGUAUGGAGUCAAACCAGAUGAGAAAAGGAAAUUUAUAAGACGACUUCAGAAAAAUCAGGGCAUUGUAGCUAUGGUCGGCGAUGGAAUUAAUGAUGCUGCUGCCCUGGCUUCAUCACAUGUUGGAAUUGCAAUAGGUGGAGGUGUCGGAGCUGCCAGUGAAGUGUCUUCUAUUGUGUUGAUGCGUGACAAAUUAUCCCAGGAUAUCUUGGGAUGGGAACAAGAUGUCCCUUUCCUCUCUCCAACCCUGGAGGGAAAAAGGGAAUUUUCCAUAGCCAUCACAGAGAACAAGAUCUUACUUGGGGCAGGCAACCCCUCACAGCCUGUUAUCAACUAA